UCUUCGUACUGAAAACCCUUCUCUUUUCCUCCAUAUAGUUUUGUGAUUGUAGUGUGAGAAGCAGAGAUAAGAAAAUGGCUGUGACCUCAGAUGCGAUUUCGAUUAUAUUGGCGAACCCAACUCCGGAUUCGUCCAAGAUCCCAGAUAUUGUUGUCCAAGUUGUCGAUCUGAAACCUACGGGAAGUAAAUACAUGUUUAUGGCAUCUGACGGGAAGACUAAGCUUCGAGCAAUUCUUCAGUCAUCACUGUCUUCUGAAGUCAUUUCAGGGAAGAUUCAAAAUCUGGGUCUUAUUCGCAUCCUUGAUUACACUGUCAAUGAUAUCCCAACUAAAAAUGAGAAGUACUUGAUUGUCAGUAAAUGUGAGGUUGUAUCUCCUGCUCUCGAAGAGGAAAUCAAAACUGAGGCCAAACCUGAAGAAUCAGAAACGGUGAUGAAGAGUGAGGCAGUAAAUAUAGGAAAUGGAAUUUUUUUGAAGCCAAAGCAAGAAAUGCUUGCUAAAUCAGCUGCCCAAAUAGUUCAUGAACUAAAUGGGAACUCGGCACCAUCAGCAAGAUUGGCAAUUACAAGAAGAGUUCAUCCUCUUGCAUCCUUGAAUCCUUAUCAAGGUAACUGGAUCAUAAAGGUUCGUGUUACUUCUAAAGGAAAUAUGAGAACAUACAAAAAUCAAAGAGGGGAAGGCUGUGUUUUCAAUGUCGAAUUGACUGAUGAAGAUGGGACUCAAAUCCAGGCUACCAUGUUUAAUGAAUCUGCAAAGAAGUUUUAUGAUAAGUUUGAAAUGGGGAAAGUUUACUAUGUCUCAAAUGGAAAUCUUAAACUUGCAAACAAGAAUUUCAAGACUGUUAAAAAUGAUUACGAGAUGACAUUGAAUGAAAGCUCUUUGGUUGAGGAAGCUAUUAAUGAGGCAGCUUUUAUUCCUGAAACACAAUUUACUUUUGUUCAAAUUGAUCAGUUGGGCCCAUAUGUCAAUUCAAAGGAGCUAGUUGAUGUUGUUGGUGUGGUUCAAACUGUAUCUCCCACAAUGAGCAUUAGGAGAAAAAGUGAUAACGAGAUAAUCCCAAAGCGUGAUAUUACUAUUGCAGAUGAAACGAAGAAGACUGUUGUGAUAUCUCUCUGGAAUGAUCUUGCCACUAAUGCAGGACAAGAAUUGCUGGACAUGGCUGAUAAGUCACCUGUUAUUGCAAUUAAAUCUCUCAAAGUUGGAGAUUUUAAUGGUGUUUCGUUGUCAACAUUGGGCAGAAGUGUUCUUGUUAUUAAUCCAGAAAUACCUGAAGCUGGAAAGUUGAGAUCUUGGUAUGAUUCUGAAGGGAAGGAAGCUUCAAUGGCAUCUAUUGGCUCUGCUGUAGGUUCCACCAAGACUGGAAAGCAUUCCAUGUACACUGAUAGAGUCUUCUUAUCCCACAUUACUAGUAAUCCGUCUCUUGGAGAAGACAAGCCUGUGUUUUUCAGUGUAAGAGGAUAUAUAAGCCUUAUCAAGCCAGACCAAGCCAUGUGGUAUCGGGCUUGUAAGACAUGCAGCAAAAAGGUAACUGAAGCUAUUGGAUCUGGUUAUUGGUGUGAAGGAUGCCAGAAGAAUGAUGAUGAAUGCAAUUUGAGGUACAUAAUGGUGGCAAAAGUUUCAGAUGCAAGUGGAGAAGCUUGGUUGUCUACCUUUAAUGAACAAGCUGAGAAAAUAAUUGGGCAUUCUGCUGAUGAUCUUGACAAGAUGAAAUCCCAGGAAAUGGGAGAAGGGAAUCAAUUUCAAAUGAAACUGAAAGAGGCCACAUGGGUUCCUCAUGUGUUCCGAGUGAGCGUAGUUAAUCAAGAGUACAUGAGCGAGAAAAGGCAGAGGAUAACAGUUCGGGCAGUUGCUCCUGUUGAUUUUGCUGUUGAAAGCAAGUUAAUGUUGGAAGAGAUAUUAUCAAAGAAAGCUUCUGCAUAAUAAUAGAAUAGAAGCACAAUAUAUUUCUUGUUCAAGUUGGCUUUGUCUUGUAUUAGAACUAAAGCAUUCUGGUUUAUCAUAACAUGGAGUACUUUUGUUGUG